GUGAACAUACGCAAGGACCACGCACAUGAGCGAGGUUCAGUUCGCAGAUUACCAGCGGAAUGGAUUCCCCCAAACAAUUGCACCCGAUUGAAUAUCAUGCUGCCAACAAUGCACUUCAUCCGCUCUGGCUUGCCCGGGAUGUACUCGAGCGCAUCGCCAGCUUCGCGCCCCAGCCCCUGACGCUUCGCCUGCUGAAUAAGACAAUCGCGACGGUUUUGUCAUCUCCAGAGCACAAGCGUGUGCGGGCAUCGCAGCCGCUGCCCGCCCACGCCUACAGCAGCCUGCCCGCUGCCGCCAUCCAGCGGGGCUCCACAUGGCAGCGCGAGGAGCUCGUGCGCGUCGCGGCUCGCAGCGGCAGUCUUGAGGCUGUGGACGCAGCGCUGGCGGCUACAUGCCUGUCUAAAUGCCUGUCUAAUGGGGAUUGGCUGCUGGGGGCCGCUGCCGAGGCCCCAGGGCCGGGCGUGGCGCUGGCACUGUGCCAACAGCUGGCGGCCCGGGGCUGGCUGGUGGUGGAUUGGGACACGUGCAGGAACCCCCUGCGCACAGCCGCCGCAGCCAGCAACGCCGAUGUGUGCCAGUGGCUGCACCUUGGGCAGCUGGGAACUCAGCGGUUCGGCGUUGGUGCGGUUUACGCCGCAGCCGAGGCCGGGCAUGCGGCGCUGGCUGCGGGGCUGCUGUCACUGUGCCCGGAUGACAAAAAGCGGCACAGUCCCGCCAACAGCCUACUGGAGGCAGCGGCUCGUGGAUAUGGAGUCGCGGACUUCACGGGGUUUUGGAAGGAGUGCGUUAAUGGGACCUGGGAGGACCUACAGCGGCAGCAGCAGCAAGAGCAGCAACUGGCGCAGCAGGGGCAGCAGCAGAUGAACGACUGUUUCAGUGUGCGGUGCCCUAAUGGCCUGGACCUAAGGGCCAGCGCGUCGGAGCUGGCUAGCCCUCUGGGUCCGGCUGGCCUGAAGGGCAUCCUGGCAGCUGCUGCGGGCAGCCCCACGCCCUGCUGGCUGGACAAACUGGAUGUAAUGCUGCAGCUGCCCUGUGGCAGUGAUGAGGCUGCUGCCGUUGCUGCUGCAGCUGUUGUUGCAGCAAAGCUAGCGGCGCGCCCGGACUUGCUGUCCGACAUUUUAGCAGGCGCCAUGUCUGCGCCGGACGGAGUGGCCCGCGUGCGGCUGCUGUGGGAGCAGCGCGGCUGGCGGCUGGCGGAGGGCUCUGCACUGGAGGCCGCGGUGGCUGCGGCGGGGAAGCGUGGCAACACGGCCGCAAUCAGCUACCUGUUUGACAAUCUGGGGGCGCAGGUAGCGCUAGCCUCUGAGCAGGGCCACAGUGUUCCAGACGUGUUGCGCAAAGCGGUGUUUGGCGGCCAGCUUCCGGUGCUGCAGCUGCUGGCGUCGCGCGGCGUGCGCUGCAGUGGCAGGGCGUUUGCCGGCCUGGCGGGUUGUGCGGUGUUAGAUGGUCACACCCACAUCCUCGACUACCUCCUGUGCAAGCAGGCGCCGCCGCCACUCCUGCUUGAGCCGCCGGCAGGGUCCUGGGCGGACUCGGAGCUCCGGAAACGCGCGCUAAAGCAAGCGCUGGAGUGGGGGACGUGCAUAGGCCAUACAGGCUGUGUGCGGCAUGUGCAUGAGCUGGGUGCACGGUUCCAGGCUAGGCAGCAGCAGCUGUUUUCUUUGUGCUUUCCGUUUACAUGCAGCCCUGCGUUGCUGGAGCUGCUAGAACGGCUGGGCUUUCCUUUCGACCGCACGGAAGCUGUUUACCUUCAUAUGCUUAAACUGGGUGGAGACGUUCCAAUGAUUCGGGCGCUGGCGCGGCUGCGGUUCUGCGGCCCUGACUGCCACAUCGCACUAACAUCGCUGCUAGGGGACCCGGCUGUGCCGCUGGACGAAAUACGGUGGCUGCUGGAGGGAGACGGUGGCGGCGGUGGUAGUGGGGAGGCAGGCAGCGAGGGUGGCGCUGCAGGGCCGUCCGAGGGCCCGGCGCCCACCGCGGCGCCCAAGCCCGGCCCGGCUGCGAGACUGGUCCUGCAGGAUGAGGCGUUAUGGCAGCGAGUGCUGGAGGCGGCGGGGCGGCGGGGCCAGGGGCAGGCGGCAGGGGAGGUGCGGGCCUGGCUGGAGGGCUGGCGGCAGGCGAACAAGAAGCCGCCUGGCGACACCAAUGAGUGAUGGCAAGGGCCGAGGGCACGGGUCGAGGGGUCGUGGGGCGGCUGGAAGCACCGAGCCGCCGAUGACACUUGGCAGUGCUGCAUCAUGUAGGCAUAGCCUACGGCAGUUUGUGGGUAAUCCUCGCUUUUGUUUUCAGUGAAGUCUGUUGUUGUUAAGGCAAGCUUCUGGCGACGUCUGGUAACUUCCAUGUGGUGUUAGGAUCAUCCCAAGGUGUGCGUGGCUGUGUGCGCAGUGUGGUUACCGUGUGACUGUUCGUGCCGCAGCACGAGGCUGAACCAAGCUGAGGUCAGUUGAAGUGUGAUCGUCCUUAGCCUUAAAGAUGAUCACACUCUAACAAAACGUGUACUCUUGGGGUGGUAGUGUUGUCGAAGAUGCUUAAGACUAACAAUUUUGGGGUGGUAGUGUGUACCUGCUUCCUUUGCUUCCAUUCCGGUGUGUUCGUAUACAGUAUGGUGUUUGUGGUUCGUGCCUUGAACGGGGCGGUGACCGCCCGCCCACGGCCCAAGGCCCCCUCCCCAAUCGUUAUGCGGAGCAUUGUGUGGACCGGACCUGGGGUACAGAUGCAGCGUGAUAUGCUGUUGGUUUGUGUCUUUGCGUGCAGUGUGGGCCCGCCGAUCCUUGAAACGGUUUGGCAAGACCACGUAUGCGCGUGUAUUUUGGCGAUGUGAUGCUGGAGGCGGAGGGCUCGGGUCCGGCUGUUUCUGACCACGGGCGAGUACAGUGGUGCGGUCAAGCUGGGCGAGCCAGCCAAGGUGGCGGCGUGGGGAGGAUGUGGAGGCGGCGUGAGGAGGAGGUGUGCGAUGGGACAGGGUUAAGGCAGGUUGGCGAGGUCCCGUAGGGUGCAGCUGACGCCCAUACCCCAAGCAGACGGCAAACAAUUUGCAGCGGCAGAGCAGAAGUGCAUGGCUGGUCGAACGCCGGAGUUACUGUACCGACAAGUUGCUGGCUGGCUGGAAGUUUGCUGAUGCGCAUUCCUCACGCUCCGGGCGCCCGGCCAGGCGAUAGCACCACACAGACACACCGCAACGCCACACUCGCGAUGCAGAGCCGCAGGAGGAGGUGGCUGAAUCUAGCAGCGGUAGCAGUAGCAGUAGAAGCAUCGGCAGGAAUGGAUAGGCAGUGGCCUCAGCGGCAAGGCAGGAAGGUGGGGACCCCCUGCUGGCAGCCGUAGCGGGACUACCGUUUGUACGGCUGCAGCGGCUGCCGCACUGCGAUGAGGUGUGGUGUGGACGCCGUUAGCAUCCAUGUUUAAUGCGGUGUGGCAACUACGGCGUUAGGGGCGGCGGCCGGUGCAACUACACAUGCGGAGGUAGUGAGGGAGGGACAGCAGCUGGCUGGUGCGAGCCCAGCAAGGGAGGGUCGCCGCGGCAGCAUCCGGUAGCACCGCAUCGCAAUGCGAGGCGUGCACCAGGGUUCCAGGCUCUGCGGCAGACGCGGGUGACCGGGCGGCUGACUCGGAUUAGUGGGCGGCCACUCGGAGCAGCGGGCGAGGGGGUCAGGAUUAGCCGGCGGUUGACCUGGAUUAGCCGGCGGCCCACCCAGAUUAGCCUCGGG